AUGGCCGAUUUAGAUCCACAACAAAAGAUUGCCUUGAUCAAUGAGAACCUACAAGAGGUUUUGAGACCGGACAUCAUUGAAGAUGCUAUUGUUAAAGAGAACCGGCCACUGGUCAUCUACUGGGGCACAGCGACGACAGGUAAGCCGCACUGCGGCUACUUUGUGCCUAUGAUCAAGAUCGCGCAAUUCCUCCGCGCUGGAUGUCGAGUCAAGAUCCUUCUGGCAGAUAUCCAUGGCUUCCUAGACAACCUCAAAGCACCUAUUGAGCUGGUCAAGUUCCGCGCCGAGUACUACAAAUAUGCCAUCAAGGCGCUGCUCAAGGCUGUUGGUGUGAGCCUUGACAAGCUGGAAUUUGUGCUGGGAAGCAGCUACCAGUUGACAGCAGAGUACACCAUGGAUCUGUUCAGGCUAAGUUCCGUCGUCACAGAACACGACGCCAAAAAGGCUGGAGCAGAAGUGGUCAAACAGGUCGAGAACGCUACACUAUCAGGACUGAUCUAUCCCUUGAUGCAGUCGCUCGAUGAGCAGUUCCUGGGAGUGGAUGCGCAGUUCGGCGGUGUUGAUCAAAGGAAAAUAUUUACCUUAGCGACCGAGGUGCUCCCGAAAAUUGGCUACAAAGAGCGAGCACACUUGAUGAACCCCAUGGUGCCAGGUCUCGCAGGAGGCAAGAUGUCAUCAUCAGAUCCAGAUUCUAAAAUAGACAUAUUAGACACGGCCGACUUGGUCAGGAAGAAAAUCAGGAAAGCCUACGCGGCGGCGCAAACGCUGGAAGGGAACGGCAUGAUAAGCUUCGUCGAAUACGUUCUGCUACCAGUCUCCUCCCUUCAGAGCAGCGACGGUUCGAUGAGGUUCGAAGUCGAGCAGAGAGAAGGCGGGAAAGAGCCAAUCGUCUACUCGGACAUUGACACCCUGAAAGAAGACUACAAGGCUGACAGAUUAACACCUCAGCUGCUGAAGGGCGCCGUCACCAAAGGCCUGGUGGACAUUUUGACGCCUAUUCAAGCAGAAUUUCGAGCAUCCCCUGAAUGGCAGGAGGUGGAGAAGCAAGCAUACCCCCCUGCUGAGCCAGCCAAAAAGAAGAAAACACCCAAGGACAAGGGCUCGCGCUAUCCAGGAGCAGUCAAAGCCAAUCCAGAUGGGUCUGUAGAUGGACCUGGAAAGGAGACCGUCGAAGUUGGGAGCAGUGCAGAGGAGGCUAUGGGUAGACUUGAGGUCAAUGGGGUGAAAUGA